GUCCUUCCAAGGGCUGGCCAAAGGCAUGGCUCCCUUCUUUUGUCUCUUACAUUAUUCCGGUUGUUGUCGAGGCUGGAGAGAACGUGUCUGGUGAGUGAGUUUUGCGCGCAUCUGAUCUUUCGUCGUGGGCCUCUCUCUUUGCCGCUUGCGAUCACGACAAACAGAGGAGUCGCCUGGUAAGGUGCGAGGGUGGUGGAAUACAUAGAAAGCAGCAAAAUAGACAUCAUGAAGGCGUCUCUCUUUCUGUCGGCUCUUGCGGCGGGCUAUGCGGCUGCGGACGACGUUCUUUAUAGCAGGCGACUGGCCAAACGCGCCCUUGACGAUGGGGGGCACUACAAUAUUUCCUUCUUUCACGUCAACGACGUUCACGCUCAUCUUGACCAGUAUGUAAAGGCGGGAACAGACUGCACGGAUCCCGCCAAAGGCUGCUUCGGUGGCUAUGCCCGCAUCAAGACAAAAGUCAGCGAGCUGCGUGUUCAAUAUCCCAACCAUCUGUGGUUGAACGCCGGUGAUGAAUUCCAAGGCACCAUGUUCUACUCGUUUUACGGCGGAGAGAAGAUUGCCGAGACAAUGAAUGAUCUCAAGUUCGAUGCCAUGACACUGGGGAACCACGAGUGGGACGGCGGCGAUGAGAAGCUAGGAGUGUUUUUGAAGAAUUUAACGUUUCCAGUCGUUUCGUGUAAUGUGAAGAGCGAGUAUACUGACCUCAAAGACACGAUUAAAAACUAUCACAUCUUUGAGGAGUAUGGCUUGGCUGUCAUCGGGGCAUCGACACCGACUACACCUACGAUUUCACACGUCGGUCCCCUGACCAAAUUUCUCGAUCCAGCUGAAGAGGUUCAAAAGGCCAUUUGGGAGAUCCGCAACACUACCAAUAUCAAGCGCAUUGCGGCUUUGACGCAUAUUGGCUACGAUGUCGAUCAGCAACUAGCGGCACAAACAGAGGGCCUGUCUCUCAUCAUUGGUGGUCACAGCCAUACACUCCUUGGAGAUAUGGCCGGCGCAGAGGGAAAGUAUCCGACCAUUGUGGAAGAUCUUGCUGGUAAUGAAGUUUUCAUUGUCACAUCGUACCGCUGGGGAGAGUAUUUGGGCUCGAUUGACGUUUCUUUCGAUGAGGAGGGCAAAGCUCUAAUCUAUCAUGGCGCCCCAAUCCACAUGGAUAAUACGACCAAACUGGAGCCUAAUCUUCAGGCCAAGGUUACUGCGUGGCGAGGGCCAUUUGAGGAUUAUGCCAACGAGGUUGUGGGAACUACGGAAAACACUCUUGACCAGACGGCAUGCCAGAGCGGCGACUGCCUUUUGGGUGAAGUUAUGGCCGAUGCUGCAUUUGAGUAUGCUUACAACCUUACCACAGACGUACCGGAGGACCUGAGGCCGAGCUUUGCACUCAUCAAUGCAAAGGGUGUUCGAGCAACCAUUGACGCUGGCAACAUCACCCGGGGCCAGGUCAUUACGGCGUUUCCAUUUGGUAAUGCCGUUGUGAAAUUGACAUAUUCUGGUGCCGACCUGCUCAAGAUUCUCGAAGGCGCUGUAUCCGGGAUAAACCAGUUCAACAGCCAGAAACUGUCGUCUGGGAUUCAAGCAUCGCAUAACCUCCAGGUUCAAUACGACCCGUCAAAGGCCCCUGGGCACAUGCUUGUCGAUGCGAGGAUUUCUGGUCAGAGAAUCGACCCUGAGAAGAAGUAUAUAAUUGUGACUGUGGAUUUCGUUGCUACAGGUGGAGAUAAUAUUCUGCCCAAGAGAGACGACUUUGUUGUAUUAGAUACACUAGAUGAGGUGUUGGUAGAUUACAUCAAGGCUAGAACGCCCCUGAAGAAUACAUUGGAGAAGAGAAUAGGAAAGGUUGGUACAUUUGCGGGCAAGGUGCAAAAGGUAUUUUCAGCUUAGAUUAUGCAUAGAUGAAAUGGUUAUUAGGUAUAUAUAUUUGUUAUUCUUUGUAUCUUUUUAUUUCACCGGGC